AAUGGCUCUUCUGCACAGAGCAUGGCAAGCUAGAGGCUCUAUCCGCAGCUGCUAUAGGUUGCCCGUCCUACAACAUCGCUCCCUUUCAGGAAGGGAAAAGCUACUCCGGGUUUCGGAGGAAGUUCAAGAUGCUCUCGCUACUGGGAAGCCCGUUGUUGCGUUAGAGACGACGAUCUACACUCACGGUAAACAACGACCAUGAAGCGUGCUCUACGUCGAUUACGAGGCUUACAUGUUGCCAGGCUUCCCGUAUCCCGAGAAUGUCGCCUUGUCCUCCCAUCUCGAGUCCUUGGUCAGGGUCAAUGGCGGUGUGCCUGCGACGAUCGGUAUUCUUAACGGCGUCGCUCGAGUCGGCAUGCAAGCAGAAGAAUUGAUUGAACUUGUCUCUACCGCUGGUAGCGAGAAUACUUGGAAAAUCUCCAGGCGGGAUCUGGGCGUCAUUGGUGGUCUAGGCCUCCGAGGCCAGAAACUGAAUGGCGGAACUACAAUCGCAGGAACAAUGGUGCUUGCACAUCUUGCAGGGAUCAAGAUCUUUGCCACUGGUGGCCUUGGAGGUGUUCAUCGAGGUGGUGAAAAUUCCAUGGACAUCUCGGCAGAUUUGACAGAGUUGGGCCGGACUCCCGUUGCGGUGAUCAGUUCUGGGAGUAAAUCGUUCCUCGACAUCCCACGCACUCUGGAAUACCUCGAGACACAAGGCGUUGGCGUCGGGACAUUCGCUGAUGGCAGAACUGGCAAAGUCGACUUUCCUGCAUUCUUUUGCCGAGACAGUGGUGUCAAAAGCCCGCAGACCAUCCUUGAUGAAGCCGAUGCCGCGGCCAUUGUCUAUGCGCAGUCUCAACUGCCUGUACAUUCUGGCUUACUGUUUGCCAACCCUGUGCCGGAACACUCUGCUAUGGCUAAGGAGGACAUUGACUCCAUUAUCGCACGAGCCGUUGCUGAAGCCGACGAGAAGGGCAUUGGUGGGAGCGCUAAUACCCCAUACAUAUUAAAACGCAUCAGGGAGUUGAGUCACGGUGCUAGUGUCAAGGCAAAUGAAGCUCUGAUCGAGGCGAACGUAGUCUGCGGAACUAAGGUCGCGGUCGAAUUGGCUAAGCUCGAACGACGAGAUGGUGCUGCACUUCAGCGGGACCAUGCAAUUCUCAAACGUUCUGCAACUUCCUCGGGGACAUCCACGACAGAGCACGCUUCAACAACGUCUAGAAGCAAUAUCAUUCCCGGGUCGGUCGAACCUCAGGCCGAACCCAUAGAUGUUCUGGUUGCUGGAUCUCUCGCCAGUGACACCAUUUGUGACCAUCAGCCAUUCAAAGACACUCAAUCCCCAAUCUCGCCUACUUUGCAUACAUCGAACCCGUCAAACAUAACUCAAUCGGCAGGUGGAGUCGGUCGCAACGUAGCUAUGGCAGCACACCUUGCAGGCGCCAAAGUCGCUUUAGCAAGCGUGGUGGCAGAUGAUUUGGCCGGAUCAUCACUCCUAAGCCACAUCAAGGAGAGCGGGCUGACGACAACAAACAUCCGACAACUCCCAGCUGCAGACGGUGCCCGAACAGCACAAUAUGUCGCAGUAAAUGACACCGGCAAAGAUCUGGUACUCGCCAUGGCAGAUAUGGCAAUAUUGGCACGACCAGAGAUGGAGUCGUUGGACUACUGGGCGACCAUGUUCGAUCGCAAUAAGCCCAAGUGGGUGGUUGCAGAUGCAAACUGGUCUCCAGAGAUUUUGUCGUCAAUCUUCCAAGCCGCUAAAAGGCAGCAGGCUAUGAUAGCUUUCGAACCCGUCUCCACGGCAAAGGCUGCACGUCUGUUCAGUAAGUCCAACAACACUAUGGCCAAGGCUGGCGUCGUUCCGAAUCACAUCAUCAGUCUAGCCUCUCCAAACAGCAUGGAACUUAAAGCGAUCUAUGAUGCUGCGAGAGAUGCCAUGAUGUUUGAAUCGGAGCAGUGGUGGAAGGUGAUUGAUGGGUUUGGUCUAUCAGGCACAGCAUCACGAGACCGACUCAUAUCUGUUGCCGGAGUUGAACUGGUCAAUGAGGGUAUCCCGCAACAAUGCAUCCAACUUUUGCCGUUUAUCCCGAACCUGGUCACCAAAUUAGGACGUCAUGGCUGUCUCUUGGUCAGCCUGCUGAAAUGUACUGAUGAGAGACUGACACGUCCCGAGUAUGCACCUUACAUACUGUCUAGGAAUAUGUCCGAGGGUUCUGAAGUCGGCGGAGUGUUUAUGCGUUUGAUCCCACCUUCUCAAGAAGUGAGGCAAGAAGAGAUUGUGUCGGUCAAUGGUAUCGGUGACACAAUGUUGGGCGUCAUUGUCGCGGGACUGGGAAAAGGCUACACACUCGAAGAAGUGAUUCCCAUCGCUCAGGAGGCUGCAGUGCUGACGCUGAAAUCACCAGAAGCCGUGUCCCCUGAAGUACAAAGCAUACAAGUGAGGCUCAAGUAAAGAAAGCCAAAGUUCUGAACCAGUCAAUCGUACCAGAAUUUCCAUGUCCAAUGACAGAGAGGUCCGAGUCUUAGUCAUCAAUCGCCUCCUCUGUGGUCCGAUGUUUAUGAACAUCCGCGCCGAAGAACAACAAGCCUUUUCUUUUCCACCCCACAACCGUUUCUUUCGUCUACGACUUAUUGCAUCUCAUGCCCUUGUCGCAUUCAAAACCAUGAGAGCGGAUCGGCUCAUUGGGCUGGUUGCGAUAUUAUAUGCCUUUGAAAAAUCUGUCGCAUCACCUACUGCACAGCCUGAAAACCUCGAUCCGGUCAUUUCCGAGGUCCGAACAAUUGGUUGCAAUAAUCUCACUCGAGAUAGACUGAACGAUAAAAGCCACUCGAUCAAUCAGAAAAUCGUCGGGCGGCAAACAUCGAGCUGUCCAGAUCAAUCGACCGCGUCGUUUUGUAGGAGUGGGUAUUGUUUCUUGUCGUCGACGUACGACGGUUCUACCUGGGGAACUUGUUGUCCGGCCGGGUGGUCCCUGUGGCUGGAUCAGGAGAUCUGGAACAAGCAAAAGUGUUGUCCUCCGGGAACGAGUGGGACGUCAUGCGAUGAUUCGGAACCUCCGUUGGAACCGAAUGACUGUGGUAGUGGUGGAGUGAAAUCCGGUUGGGCCUGUGUCUAUUCCGACCAGACUACGAGUGAUGGUACGAAAGAAGUGAUGUUGUCGAGUACGAUGAUGGCGACGGGGUUGGGUUUGUCGUGGGUUUGGAUGUCGAUCAUCUAACGAAGUGAAUGACCUUUUUUCAUUUCAUUUCAUCAGGGGUACCAUGAGAUAUCUGACAUGGGACGAAUUUACUUUGUUUCCGUUGAUAAUGAAACGCAGCGAGAGAAAGUGAGUGGGCGUAAUGAUUGAACGAUUUUUGACGACCAUACAUCAGACAGAUAUCUCACUGGGUAUCAGUACGAGUAGAACAAAUACAAACCGCGGUCCGCCUUGCAUCUUGUACAGUCUUGUGCCCCUACACACAGGUAGUGACUGG